AUGAACGACGAAGAACAGUAUAGAGAAAUUUAUAGAAUGCUGCUGCGACAAAUUUCUGUUGGAAGCUUAAGAGUCAGGAUUACGGAACUUGCCACUUUUGUAGUUCGGAUUCAAAGAGAAGUUGUCCAUAGAGAUGAAGAAGAUGCGUUGAGAAGACUUGAAAAUAGCUUGGUUAAUGCUUUUAAAGAGGCUAGUGAAGACCCUGAAUAUAUAUGCUCUAUAAAGGGAAAUAGCUUGAGCGUUUAUAUUUUAUUUUAAUAAAAAAAUUUCUAUAUUUAUUUAGCCUUAUUUUAAUUUUCAAAGCAUAACUGAAGAUGAAUUUGUAAGAUGCAUGAUGGACGUUGACAAAAAAGCGCCUUGGGAUCAUUAUGAUAGAUUUUUGAAAAGAACUUAUGAGAGUUUGAAAUCAACGCCUUUGGGGAUCAGAAUUGAAGACUAUAUACAGUUAUGUGAAAGCGCAUUUGGGAUUAAGGUCGAUGAUGAGAUGGCAAGAGUGCUAGAAGAUAAAGUAGGAAAAUACAUUGAUUUGAAAACGUUUUUGAAUUUAAGUGGAAAAUUAUACCAUUCUAACAAUUGUCGAAAUUAAGGUUUGGUAUUUAAAAAGAUUACGACUAUAUUAAAUUAAUAAAAUGGUUUUAGCUUGCAGAUAAAGAUCCAAAUUUUAUCAUAAUAGCAUAGAAUAA